AUGGAGGCUAGAUUUGGGGGAAAUCCUCAUCAUUACUAUGGUCCUGUGGUACCGGAAUUGGAGGGUGUCGGAAAGAGAAGUAUGGAAUGGGAUUUAAACGACUGGAAAUGGGAUGGCGAUCUGUUCACUGCCACCCCAUUAAACACAAUUCCAUCGGAUUGCAGAAGCAGACAACUAUUUCCUGUUACGUCAGGUGGCUCUUCGUCUUGCUCAGAUGAAGGGAAAAGGGAGUUGGAAAAAAGGAGAAGAGUUGUGAUUCUUGAUGAUGAUGAAGAAGUUGGAGGUCUUAACUUAAAUCUUGGAGGCCAAGUGUACCCUAUAACAGAAGACGAUUUGGAAAGAUGGGAAGGGAAGAGUGGCAAAAAGACUAAAGUAGCCCCAGCUUCAUCAAAUCGUGCAGUGUGUCAGGUGGAUGAUUGUCAAACCGAUUUGACGGGUGCAAAAGAUUAUCAUAGAAGACAUAAAGUUUGCAAUUUGCACUCCAAGGCCACCAAAGCAUUGGUUGCAAAUGUGUUGCAAAGAUUUUGUCAGCAGUGCAGCAGGUUUCAUGCACUUGAGGAGUUUGAUGAAGGAAAGAGAAGUUGUCGCAGGCGAUUAGCAGGACAUAACAGGCGAAGAAGAAAGACACAUCCAGAAAACACAGUUAGUGGAGUGUCACUAAAUGAUGAAAGAAGCUGUAGUUAUCUGCUUGUUAGUCUCUUGAGGAUCCUCUCUAAUCUACAAUCUAAUACAUCGGAGCAAAACAAAGAUCAAGAUUUGGUGACUCAUCUUUUGAAAAACAUCGCCAGUCUUGCUGGUAAUGUGAAUGAGAAAAACUCAUCUGGAAUGGAUGCUGGAACAUCUUUUGCAACGACCCCUGAAAAGCCUGUGAGACAAAUUGAAAGUGUGAAUCCUUCAAUGGUGGAUAGAGAUAGAGGGACUCCAGCUGCUUGCCAGAUCACACAUCCGUCAAACAACAAAGCUCAAGCUCAAGCUCAAGCUCCCAUUGAAGUUGAAGCUGCUAAUAAUAAUAAUAAUGGGAUGGAGGGUAGAGUUGGAAAGAUGAAAUUGAACAACAUUGAUUUGAACAUGGUUUAUGAUGAAUCUCAAGAUGGUAUGGAGAGGAGGUUUGAAAACAUAGACAAUGUGCCUUUGUGGUUGCGUGGACACCCUCACAAAUCAAGUCCUCCUCAGACAAGUGGCAACUCUGCUUCAACAGCAACACAGUCACCAUCUAGUUCCAGUGGGGAACCACAGAGUCGUACAGACCGAAUUGUAUUCAAGCUAUUUGGGAAAGAUCCUAAUGAGUUGCCUCUUGUUCUCAGGAACCAAAUCCUUGACUGGUUAUUACACAGUCCUACUGAUAUUGAAGGUUACAUUCGGCCUGGAUGUAUCAUAUUAUCAGUUUAUCUUCGAAUGGACAAUUCCUCUUGGGACGAGCUUUGCUAUGAUUUGAGCACCCAUUUGAGGAAGCUUUUGGAUGCAUCAAAUAAUUCUUUCUGGAGAACAGGAUGGGUUUAUACUAGGGUUCUUGAUCAUGUUGCCUUUUCUUGCAACGGUCAGAUUGUUUUAAACACAGCUUUGCCAAAUAAACGCCAUAGAAACUCCAGCAUCUUGAGCAUCACACCCAUAGCAGUUUCUGCAUCUGCCAACACUCAAUUCUCUGUAAAAGGCUUCAACAUAUCAUGGUCAACCUCAAGGAUGCUAUGUGUGCUAGAAGGGAGUUACCUUGUUCAGACAAGCUGUUCAGAGUUGUUAGAUGCAACAGAUUUGAUGAUGAAGCAUGAAGAUAUCCAGUCCCUUAGCUUCUGUUGCUCUGUACCUAAUAUUUCUGGGAGAGGAUUCAUAGAGAUUGAAGAUGAUAGCCUCAGCAGCAGUUUCUUUCCAUUCAUAGUUGCAGAAGAAGAUGUUUGUUCAGAAAUCUGUACACUGGAGAGUGAUAUGGGUGAAGAGAAGACAGAAAGAGGGGCAUUGGAGUUUGUGAAUGAGAUGGGGUGGCUUCUUCAUAGAAGUGAGUUAAAACUGAAACUGAGAAUGGAGGAUCCAAACACGGAUGGUUUCUCGUUUAAAAGAUUCAGGUGGCUGAUAGAGUUUUCAGUGGACCAUGAUUGGUGUGCUGUGGUCAACAAACUGUUGACCAUCAUCCUGGGUGGGACUGUGGUGGUGGAUCAUGAUGGCUCGGUUGAAGCUGCUUUAAUGGAGGUUGGGUUGCUCCACCGAGCCGUGAGGCGAAACUCCAACAGCAUGGUUCGGCUGCUCUUGAAUUACCACCAACAAAAUUUGUUUAAACCAGAUGCUGUGGGGCCCGCUGGGUUGACUCCUCUUCAUAUUGCAUCUGGUAAAGAUGGUUCGGAGAGUGUUUUAGAUGCAUUAACAGAUGAUCCUCAAAUGGUGGGACUGAAAGCAUGGAGGAACUCUAAGGAUAGUAGUGGCUUGACACCUUAUGAUUAUGCAUCAAUGAGAGGCCAUUAUAAUUACAUUCAUCUGGUUCAAAGAAAGAUGAACAAGAACAAGAACAGAUCAGAGAAGGGGGGGCAUGUGGUGGUGAACAUGCCUCCUCCGGUGGUGGCUGAGCCGCCCCAUAAAGUUGCCGGAUUUGAAACGGAGAAGGCUGUGGUGGUGGUGGUGCAGAAAUCGUGCAGCCGGUGUGAGCGGAAACUGUCAUAUUAUGGUGGUGGGCGGUCUUCACUGGCGAUAUAUAAGCCGGCAAUGCUGUCAAUGGUGGCAAUAGCUGCAGUGUGUGUGUGUGUGGCUUUGCUGUUCAAGAGUUCACCUCAGGUUAUGUAUGUGUUCCAGCCCUUCAUUUGGGAGAGACUCAAGUAUGGAGCAAGCUAAAGCUAAUACAAGUCUAGGAUUUCAAUUUUUUUUCUUCUUCUUUUGGAUAUAAUUUUAUUAACGAAGAUAUGGUUAUGAUCCUUUAUAUAUAUAAUAUAUAUAUAUUCUGACUGGAAAAUUUAUAUGUAAUGUGUAUAUGUCUGUAUUGAUGUUAUUCCAUCCAAAUACAAGCUUUUCUUCCAUAGGUGAUUGGGUGAUACGAUAACUUUUUAUAUUUGAGGUAGGGUCAAUUUAUAUGUAACGUGUAUGCGUCACUUUUUAUAUUUAUAGCAUUUAUGUUUGUACUUCAGA